AUGGAGUACGAUAAUAAUGCUCCUGGAGGGCUUAUGAAAUUCCUAUCAGCAUGUGUUAACGGCGGUGCUCCAGGAACUGGUAUCAAGCAGAUUGUUGAAGUUGGUCAGAAUCUUAUGGGACCACAGUUACCCGAUAUCCUUAUUGAGUACAAUGUCGAAACACAGAAUGUUUUGAUGGGUGGUUACCCAACUGAGUGGGACAUAGCUCCGGCAAUUGUUUUCACUGUUGUGUUUUUUGUAUUCUUAAUAUUUCACACGGCAAUUUUCCUUAUCAAUUUCUUCCGUGGGCACUACUUUUGGGUGUCUCUUGGUUUCAUUGGUUACUGCCUUAUGAAAAUUCCAGCUUUCGCAAUGAGAGCUUACUGGGCCACAGACAUCCUAGAAAUCAACGUCGGUUUGGCGGGGUCUGUGCUUCAAAUUGUGCCCGCAUAUUUAAUCGUAUCAUUAAAUUUGAUUUUGACGCAGAGAUUGUUUACUUGGCGUCACCCUGUCGGUGGUUCGAGAUGGCUUUUCUGGAGCAUUAUGUUGCUGAUGUACUUCUUGGUCUUUGUGUUUAUCGCGAUUAUUGUCACUGCAUCAUUGGUGCCAUAUAUCCACUUUGUUAGCUACAGCUCAUACGAGAAAUGGGCCAAGGUUAACCAGGCGUCUGGUGUUAUUAUCGUCCUUUACAAGGAUGAGAACCUCUACACUUACCAGCCAUGGUGGAUCAAGUCUUUCAGCCCGUUCUAUUUCGUUGAGAAAGGAGCAGCUCAAAGAGCUGAAUUGUCUUUUAUGAGACGUAAUCACAACCACAGACACGCUAUCAGAGUUAUUGCUGCCACUCAUCAUCACUUCAACAUGGUUGAGGGAUUGACUAAUGAAAGAGGAAGUUUGACCCAUAACGUUUCUAUGUUUAUCAUUACGGCAACCACUGCUUUGAUUUUGGUUGGUGCUCUUUUAAGAUGUAUUGUGUUGUUCCAGUUUAAAUGGAAGAGAUACGAAGACACCAUUGCUGAGCCCCUCUUGGGUUACAUUACCUGGGGUGUGUUCGAAGCUCUAGUGAACAUCAUCUAUAUUGUGGGCAGAGUCGACUUGCGAUUCUACAGACCAGACAUCUUGCCUCCAGAGGUCAGAGCCAUCAUUACGGCCGAGCAGAGUUUCUAUCCAUCUGAGUCAGAAGAAGAUGAGGACGACAUCUACACUCGUUCGAGUCAUGAAUCUGAUAUUUCUGCCGCAUCUAAGAUCUACUCAUCAGAUCUGCCUUUGUCCUAUGACAAGGUGGAGCCUCCAUAUCCUACGGACGAUGUCGAGGAUCUUGAUGACGAUAGAAAGACAACAGAUAGCUCAUCCUUCCAAUUCCCUCAUGAGAAGCAGGAUGAAAAGGAUACCAAACGUGAGCGAGCUGAUGAAGAUGACUCAGUAUUUCACUUCUAA